UCCUGACUACCAUCUGCUAAAGACGCGGUAUUAGGAGAUGUCCGCUCCUUAUUAUGAAAGUGCACACCAAACCAGCCAGACUGGUUUGAACGCUCCUUAUAGAGAUGAACCUGGAUUUGAGAUGAACAACAGCCAGCCUUACGGCUCUGGAGAUGGUUUCAAGUACGCAAACGCAGGUUCACAGCAAUUUACAAACAACUACAGACCUUGGUACAAAAAGAAGCGUUUUCUUCUCGGUAUUCCAGCUGUUAUAGCAGCAAUUAUUAUCGCGUGCGUUGUAGGUGGUGUAGUUGGUACUCGCGACAGCGGUGAAUCAAAUAAGAACGCCCGCAAUGCCGCUCCACCAUCUGCAUCUGACGCAGCAUCUGCUAAGCUCUCAGCUGGUAGAUACACAAAUCAAUUGGCGGACGGCACAUUUAGCGACCAAGUACCGAUCUAUGGUACUGGAAAGACCGACACCAAAUUAUACGCUCCUCCUACCGUUUUAACCGAUCAAGAUGACAAAUUGAACUUACCAGCUUGCAAUGAAAACCCUCCUUCUGUUUCUGGCGAUGGUAUACCAGUUACAACCGAUAGACCACGUAUUGGUGGUGUACCGGGUCGUUGGGACUGCUUACACGAUUAUGUAAACGCGGACUCAUAUAUGAAAUCUUGGAAUGAAACUAUCUUCCAACAAGCUGAUCAUUUCCUCAACACACCAGCUCCUGCUUGGAUCCCUGAUGGUGGUCUCACUGGCUCAGGUGUUCUCGACCAGGCACGUGAAGUCCAACAAGCAGUCAAGGCGUUCGCAUAUGCUUUCCGCAUUACAAAUGACCAAAAGUACAAGGACCAUAUUUGGGAUCGUCUUCAAGUAGUAGCUGGUAUGAAGCCAACUGAUGCUGGUCAUGACGACGAUUCAAAAAUGUAUGGUUCAGGAACAAGCGGUGAGAACAACAACUGGAAUCCUGAUCAUUUCCUCGAUACUGCUGAGUUCAUGAAUUCAUACGCUAUUGCAUAUGAUUGGCUUUACGAUACAUGGUCACAAGAAGAGAAAGAUUGGAUUCGUGAGACUGUCAUCAAAUAUGGUCUUGAAAAGUCAAAAGCAUCCAAUAACUACUGGUGGCGCAAUGAGCAAGGUAACUGGAACUGUGUCUGUAACGGUGCCAUGAUCAACACUGCACUCGCACUCUCGGGAGAUGACCAUUCCGGCAUCGUCGAACAAAUCCUCAAUGAAGCACUUGACAAUGCUAGACAAAACUGUGUAAAUGGCGCACGUGAGGAUGGUACAUGGACUGAAACAUCAGAUUACUGGUACUUCGGUACUACCGGUUGGUCAUUAGCAACAGCCUCUUUGAUCUCUUCAACUGGUAACUCACAAGGAAUGUUGGAUAGCAACCCUAACUUCUACAAGACAGCGGAUUUCCACAUCUACAACUAUGGUAACACAUUCAAGUUUAACUACGGUGACCACGGUCCAAACAAGUUCACCGCAACAGCAAACGCCUUGAUGUUACUCGGUAGGGAAGUCAACAAGCCAGAAUACCAACUCUACCAACGUGAUCGUGAAGACGCAGCGGAUGUAUUCAACAUGCUCUGGUAUAACCCACGUGUAGCAGGUGCUUGGUGGAAUAAAAUCCCACUCGAUAGAUACUUCCCAGCUCAAGCAUCACAAUGGGCUUCAUUCCGUUCAUCGUGGACUGACCACAAUGGAUUGUUCGCUGCCAUCAAGGCUGGCAACACCGAAGGUCACCAAACACACGGAGAUCUCGACGUUGGUGACUUUGUUAUCGACGCCCUGGGACAACGCUGGGCUGGUGAAUUAGGUUCUGCCAACUACCUCGGUGACAAAUAUUUCAAUUCUGAAGAUCAAGAUUCCAACAGAUGGAAGUGGUACAGAAAGGCUACCGAAGGUCAAAACGUCUUGUUGAUGAACAACCAGAAUGCUGUCGCAUCAGUUGACUCAACUGUCAAGUUUGACACUACCAACACAACUCAAGGUGCAACACUUGAUAUUGACUUGGAUGAUGAGUCAACUGGUUACUUCACCGCCGAUUUGACCAAGACAUACGAUAACAACUCCGUCAAGCGCGGUUUAAGACUUUUUAACAAGCGUCGUCAAGUUCUUCUCCAAGAUGAUAUCAACACUGAUAGUGCAAAUUUCCAAUGGAGAAUGCAAACUAAUGCUACUAUCACACUUAAUGGCGCAUCUGCCGAUUUGGAACUUGGUGGCGAGAAGAUGACCGUCAGAAUUGUUCAUCCAGAAGAGGCUGAUCUCAAAUUUGGUCAAGAAAAGGCAGAACAUGACCCAACACCAAACCCAGAUCUUCCAAAUAAUGGUCAAGGUGAAGAUGCAGACAUCGAAAACAUUGGUCCUAACAGACAACAAACUAACGUACUCACCAUUGACCUCACACCAGGUCAAUACAGAUUACAAGUUUCUUUCGAACCACAAUGGGACGGCAUGUCAUCAGAUGAUUUCCAAACACCAAAGGAUAUCCCAAUUGACGAUUGGUCACUGACAUCCCACAACGAGUAGAUUACUCAUAUAUUCCUAUUUCUUUCAAUAUGGGUGAAGUGAAAAAAAAAAAUAGUAAUAACCACGCUCGCUAUUUCUUAAUAUAAAUUUUGACAAUUCUGAACAAUACAUUUUCUUUACUUGAGC